UAAACUACUUCGCACUCUAGAAUAUUUCUUAAUUAACUGAGGCUUACUAUUCUCUACUAAAUAUAUGCGGAUUUAGGAAAAAGCGCAAAAUGUGAUUACCAUUUGCGAUAUUUUUCCUAAAUGGAUUAUUGUCGAGGGAGGUUUAUUUUCAUUUAAUGCUUUUUUCUAGAAACGUAAUCUUAGAUAUUAGCAACGUAUCCGUAUUGUUAUUAGCAAAUUAUUUGCAUCAGAAUGUAUAUUGCUAUCAGAUCAGAAUUGCAGCAAUCAAAUCCGCAUUUGUUAGCAAAUAAUGCCAUUACGGUAUACAACAACUUUGGAUAGAAACUUGCUGGCAACUUUAGAAUCAUCGUCAUUAAAAUUCGUACUGUUGUCAUUAUGUUGUCAUAAUAACUAUAAAACAUAAAAUAUUGCUAUAUUGUCAACACGAGAUAAUUUUAAUGCUGCUAUCUUGCCGUUAAAGCUAGCAAUACAUAUGUACAUUGUCGCCUGCGUGUUUAAUUCAAAAUCGUUCAAACAAAUAUGCGGCAAAUUGCCGACAUCAUAAAUGAUUACAGAUUUGCGCGAUUUUGUUGAAACACAUUUUGUUGCUGCAUACAACUGCUUGUACCUACAAUCUUGAAAAUUAGACAAAGAAAUUUAUUUAAUCAGUUUCUUUGAAUUGAGAUAUAUUACCAGCCUCAAUUUGUCAAUUUCGAUCGUCCUUUAAAUAUUAUUAGCAACUGUUUUGUAUUUUUAAGUGUAACCAUGAGCAAAAUGAAUACAUUUGAUAAUAAUACUGAUAAUAGAAUCUAAAUCUUAAGAAGUAAUACAUACGUGACACAAUUCGUUACGAGUGUAAUCAUGUUCCAUAAUGAUACAUCGUUGCAAAGAAGAAAAAAUUUGUGAUAUAAAACAUAUUGAAAGCUGCCGAAACAUAGAAGAAUUUCGAAUAUGUGUAUCACACAAUGAUCUAUCAACUCAAAUGUUUUCUUCCUUUCGCUACAAGGCGACUAUGAAGAAUAUCAUUAUCGUCCAAGUAGACGACCUUUCGAAAUUCUCGUCAAUCUCGGUGCGAUUCGAUAGUUCCAUUGAAAAUGAUAGCAAAGAUGAGUGGUCAUUGGUCGAACGGUUUACCCCCACGUGUGUGUACUCGCAGGCUAUAUAGAAGACUCCGCAAGGAAUUUCAUCUUCAGAACUGAGAGUCAGUGUCACGGAAAUCCACCGGGAAGUAACCAAAAUGCAAUACAAUCAAUACGCGUCGCUGUGCUUGAUUGGACUUGUCUUGGGACAAGUCGCAGCUUUACCACAGCAUCCUCAAUUCAUGCAACAAUAUCCACAAUUGUAUCAACCACAGCAGAUUAGAGAGGAGAGAAAAUUUGCUGAGAAACCAAAUGCGAUGAAAAAAGUAGCCAUCGAUGAUCUCGAGGAUAUUAGUACUAAUCAGAUUCAGGAGAGUGGCAACAGCGGUUUCUCAUGGUCCAAUAUGCUAGGAAUGUUGAUGCAAAUGCUACUAGGUCAAACCGGAGGUGCAACCGGACCCAGCAAAAACGAAAUAGACGAUGGCGCGACUGUAAGUCCAUGGACCAAUUUGCUUUCCGUGGGUCUAAGAGUUCUCACAGCCCUGCUGGGUGGACCUCAACAACCAGUGGAUGGUAUUGAUAAGGUGGACAACCAAAGUAGUCCUAUGCAGGAAAUAUUGACUGCGGUGCUGGGCGCGUUUCUAGGACAGGGCAGAGACCCCGAACAAGUUGCUGUAAUGGCGAAAAAUGCUUCCGAGUUCAUCAGUAUAGUCAUCAAUCUGUUGGAUGCCCUGAAGACAUCCUUUUCUCAUCGUUCGAAUGAGGCCCGUACAAUCGGAAAACGUGACACUGUUUCUGAAGCUGCGAUAGCAUCGAUCUCUAUGCUGAAGGGCUACAUGAGAUCCGUAAAGUCCUUCAGCUACGUAGGUCGUGAGGAGGAGGAGGGACAGCGUGGAUGUGCCGAGAGGGCACUUUGUGAGGCCAGUGCGGAAUGCAUUGCUGAUACGAAAGGUCCAUCGUCGAUCUUCUGCCAGCUUGGAUCGUACGCGACGAGCUAUAUUCUGCAGAGGCAGAGCGGCGUCGGCUUCGAGGCCUUAUACGAGGCAGGAAGACGUGGUCGCACGGGAGGAUUGCAAGACUGUAGAACUCUCUUUAUGGACUGCAAUGCUGUAUGAGCGAAUUUAUUACUGCAAUGUUCUGUCGAAUAUAACUUAGAUUUUGCGGGAUUUCGGAAUUAUUUUAUAAUCUCUCUACCAAAAUUUUCUCUCAAACAAUCUCAUUAGAAAAUAUUCUCUGUCUUGCUUUGUAAAAAUAAAUAAUUUAAUGAAGCGUGUGCACUAAAGAUAAUUAAAUAAUACGAAGGCUUAAAAUUUUCAAAGUCAAUCUUUUAAACUUUUCAAAUAUUUAAACGUUAAUAACGUUUCAACGGAGUUUCUGAUAUCCUACAGUCUAAGUCAUGUUAAAACAGAAGUAUAGAUUUAAUCGACGUAUUCAUGGCACGAGCAUGCAUCAAGCGAUUCACAUCGAAUCUCGUCAGCUUAGCUCGCACUCACGAUUGAUUAUUCUUUCAGACAGAGAAUUCGGUGCGUGCGUGCGCGCGCGUGUGUGUGUGUGUGUGUGCGUGUGUGUUGUAUUGUGUUGGGCAUAUUCGUUAAAUAAUACAAAUUCAAUAUCAACUCGUGAUCCUAAUUAUGUUGCGAAUAAACAAGGUAUUGGAUAUUCUAUCUUACUUGUCUUGAAAAGAAAAUAGAUUAAAGUUGCGAAUCAAACUUUAAAAGUUCUGCCAAUCUCUUUAUAAAUUAAUGUCUAAUCUCUUUAUAUAUUAGUGUCUAAUAAUAUACUUUGAUGAAAUUUUAUUUAAUAAGUUUGCGUUUUUAUUUGUCCCAUUGAGAGUUAUAUGUGUUUUUGUCGAUCACCUACGAGUUUCGCCACGUCGAUUACACAAUAUUUAUUUCUAUUUAUUAAACGUGUCACAUACGUAUGUAGUUGUAGUAGUAUUUGUGGUUAAGAAUUCGGCGCGAGUUCUGCUACUCUUAUAUUUCAGUGACAAUGACGACUAUGUGCAAUAGGCAACAAAAGUUCAAUUAUUGAUAUAUUUUAUGUUUAUACAUCGAAUGAAAUUUGUUCAACGUUGUAAUAUAUACAUUUUCAAAAUAUAUAAUUGGAUAACAUUGGAAAGCAGUAGCACUCUCAUCAUUUGUAGAACAUUAUUAUUAUUAUUAUUAUUAUUAU